AUGACCAGCACCACAAAGCUCAGUAUGAAGCUCCUAGUCGACGCUAAAGCCAACAAAGUGCUUCCGCCGAAGCCGAAAAAGACGUGCAUGGUCGACUUCUUAUUCAGCCUCGUCGCGCUUCCAGUCGGGACCAUUAUAAAGCUCAUAACAAAGGAAUCCAUGGUUGGAAGCAUCGCAAACAUGCAUCAGAGCUUAGAGAACCUCGACUCUACCUACUUCCUCUCCGAUCAAGCCAAGGUCGAUCUCCUCAACCCGAAGUGGGACUACAUAUGCCCUUCAUGCAAGAAUACCAUGACACAAGAGGUAACGGGCGAGAAUAGUAAUGGAGAAAAUGGUUUAGGAGUAGUGAAGGGGGAGCUUACGUACACCAUAAUGGAUGAUCUCUACAUCAGACCCAUGUCAACUAUAUCAAGCAUCACCCUGCUUAACACCUCACCAGAACCUGGCAACUUGGAGCUGUAA